AUGAAACUCCAAAUAGUGUUUGUCCUGACUUUGGUGGCGGUAAUGACAAUAGUAACAAGCAAGACGACACACCAAACUUAUUGUGGUCGAAAACUGGCCAAUGCUCUGGCGAUAAUGUGCCUUGAUGAGGACAUUGGAAAGAGAUCUUACAACAGUUUGUUGGAGUACGAUGAGUACUGGCCAUGGUUGAGCAAGUCCAGAGCUCUAGAAGGCAUUCGAGGCAAGAGACAGGGUGGAGUGGCUUCAGAAUGCUGCGAUAAACCAUGCUCGAUACCAGAACUCCUGAGUUAUUGCUAG